AUGCAAAAGAGUGAUUAAAUGUAUGAUGUAAUGAAAAUGGACAAAUUGUAUAUUGGCAUACGUGCUGAAGUUAAAUCGUAUAUGGAAAGAAGAACACCAAAUCUUCCUCAUAUUAUUGCAAGUAUAUAAUGGAAAAAGUAAGUUAAUUUAAAAUAUUGUUAGCAUGAACGAAUUUAAAUAGUUGUGUAUCCUUCUACAAAGAGAAUAUUUAGAGAUGAUCAAUAUAUAGAGGUAGGAGGCUUCGUUUAAGAAGAUUUAUCAAUAUGCAAAGCAAUAAUUUGUAUAAAAGAAAUCCUGCUAGAAAAAUAUAUUGAAGGAAUGA